CCCAAGGGUAGCUGCGCGUUUUUUAAACUUCAGCGUUACUGUUCUCAAUUAAAAUAAUCUCUCUGUGAAAGUACUGUUGCAUCAUGAUAUCACAUAGUUUUUAAAUUGUUUUAUCCUAAAUGGACGCGGAACAUAGUGAUGAUUGGGGUGUCGGUGGUGAAUUGGAAUUGGCUCAAGACUUCGAAGUUAUCGAUCUGAAUGAAUUUGAUUCUAGUUGUGGUUACGUUUCGGAAGCAGAUGACUCAACAUAUAUCUCUUCGUUUCUUAAUGGUCUCGUAACUGAUGAAACUCUUUAUUCACGAUAUUUGAAUGGGAUUAUCAGUUUUGAUGAUUUGAUGCGUGAAAUGCACCACUCUACUACUCUGGAUAAUGAUUCUUGCCACAGUAGUGAUUCAGACUGUUCUAGCAAAAACGACGAUUCUGAAUAUUCUACACGUAAUUUUACUUACGAUUUAUUUAAAUUUUACCACAAAUAUACGCUUAUUGUAUUAUAUGUAAGAACCAUGAGGAUAUAUUAACAAUCAGUUUCGAUAUUCUCUUUUCUGAAAUCGCUUGUUCACAAUGUAGUCUGACAUUAAGUAAUGAAGCAAUACUAUAAUUGUCUCAAAGCUGAACACACCCUCGGGACCUUAUACAUGAUCGAAAUGCGUAAUAUCAGAAUAGGUGCUUCCUACAACCAUGAAGAAUUAUUGUUUCGGCAAAUUGUCAAUUUUAAAGCAACCUUAAACUAUCAUUCAGAGGUGAUUGAGUGCUUUGUGUUAAGUGGCCCAACAACAGAAUAGAUUGUCUAGUCCAUACGAACGUAGAGCUUGGGACAGACGUCUGUCGGCCUUAUCUGCCACACAACACUGGGAUGAUUAGGCGAAAUAAAUAAAACAAAAAGAUAAAAAGACCGAAGUAGUGUAACAGUGGUAAUGCAAUAGAAUAAGCAAAGGAAAUAUUGUUCUAAAGCUCAGGGUUGGAAGACAUAUGAAAGGAUACUGAAAUUCAGUAUCUUGAGGAAGAUAAAGAGUAAGUGUAUUUGUGCCAUUGUGACCGAUUCUAAGUCAUAUCACCCAAGGUCUUUGGCUACUGACCGCGGCUGUCCAAUUAAGUCCUGACUGAAUCGAAAUUUGGAGCAGAAAACUUUCUACCCUACGGACCAAUGACCUAAAACGAUUAUUCCUAACUCAGCCAUUUCGUAUUGAACUCCCAAAGUCACCAACUGUUUACAUUACUACCUUUAUAUUAUUUUUAUGUUUUAAGAGUCAUUUAGAUUUUCCACUUUGCUCGUAUAGUUCGUUGUUAAAAGUUCUCAGUAGUGGCUUGAAGUUUAUUGCGACUAUCUGAAUUCAUUUUGUAGUUAUGGUGCUCAAAAUACAAGAUGCUUUUUAUUUACUUGAACACAUAAAUAUUAGUACAAAGGGGCACUGAAUACAUUUGCACCGCACAAAUCACUUGAUUUGUGAGUGGUCUAUCAUACUGCCCGGGUUUCCAAACCGAAGCAUGUGGUUUUCUUAGGUGGCCAUACCCAUAGCCUUCGACCUAAAGGUCUGAUCUACAAGGCAGUGGAGCAACAUCAGCGGAUGCAGUGCCAUGGUAGCUGGUGACCAACAAUAGGUCCAUACGCCAUUUGUUCCUUCGGGAUACUGAAGCCCAUACGCACCAUCGGUUUAGAAUUAAAGUUUUCCAACUCCCCUAGAUGGACCCUCGGCGUCCACCACCCCGGUUAAAGCACCGGACAUUCGCUUUUCGUCCUAUCAAUUUCGUAAACAGCACCCGUCUUAUUGUUUGUAAUUUUAGUAUUCAUAAGUUUUGCAACCUCAGCCGGUAAGCUGUUUUGAUACUGCUAUGCACAAGACUCAAUAUUGUGUUAAACGAAAGGGCGAUAACUGGGAAAUUAAAGGUUAAGACUGUUACCUGCUUCGGUUUGGGCACCAGGGCAGUAUCCCAGCCCUCACACAAGUCGAAUGAUUUAUGUGGUGCAUAUCCCUUUGGUGCCUCCUUGUACCUAUGUUUAUGUGAUUAAAUAAAUAAAAGACUGUGACGGUAAAAGAGGUUGAGUAAGUUUCUUCUGGGUACAUAGUUAUGGCUCCUCCUAAGAUUUGAAAAAAGCUUCAACAGACCAUAGGAAAGGGAAGCUCACAGCUUUCAGUCUGUUUUUUUCUCACUGUGUAUAUGAAUUUGAGCAGUUUGUCUGCUUUUGUUGAAUGACGAGUGUUCACAAGAUGUUAAAUGGUUGAGGUCUUCGUUAGUCCAAUACUACCUCUUUUUAUCCAUCGGGGAUAAUCCUUUUAAAUCUGAUUUGGUAGAAUGUCCAUUGAACACCCGAUAUGUGUAACAACACAGAAGCAAGUGAAUUUAUAAAUAUACAUGUAAGUGGUCGGAUGCGAAAGCUUCUUCUUUAGAUUAUCAUUGAAUAUAGGCCUACUGGUGAACACCAAUCUCAAAGUUGAUGCAAAAACAUUUUUUUGAGAGAGUUAAAAAUUCUCUUUGAGGUGCAGAGAGCUUUGUCACCAUUGAAAUCAAUGUCCAUUUAUGGUGCAGUGGCUGUUAAUUUUGGAAGUUUGAGCUUUAUAUUCGGGUCAAUAGAUAUUAGUGGAUAUCUAUGCCCGAUAAGGAUUUUUCUUAGAUUUAGUCCCUCAUAUUUGAAGUUGGGUUCAUAAAUCCAUCUCAUUUAUGUAUAUGUGUAUGGGGCAGUGUUAUAACCCAGUUCCUCUUUCUACUAAUAGGCAUUCACAUGCAAGAGUUUGUUAGUUGGACAUCAAGUGAAUGUCCUAUGUAAACGUAUCCUUAGAAUUCCUUCAGGUCUUGUCAUCAUUUCAAUAUUGAGGAAGCCGAUGUUUAGUAAAUCAUAUUCAUCGAAUAAUUUGCUUUUAUUGAUAUACUUGGAUUCAAAUUAUUGCCAUUCUAGACAUUUUUACUUACGUGAUAUUUUCAGAAAAAAAGAUUACUCUAAAAAUAUUUCUUUUAGGACCUAGGAGAUCUAAAAGACGACAAAAUCCUGAUACAGUUGGAAAGAAAAAACUGAAAUUGAGAGGACCACUUAUUGUAACUUUUAUCUGUUCUGAAAAAUUAACAUUUAACCUCUAUGAAACUUAAUAGUCUAAACGUGCUCGAUUACCAAUUGAGUUAGCACAAUAUCUUGGAGAAGCUGAAAGACAUUUGAACAAUGAUGAAUUUGAACACGCUGAACGUAUUUGCUAUCAGAUCAUUGACACAGCUCCCCAAGCUUCCCAACCAUAUAUUGUUUUGGCCGAAAUUAGUUUUCGUCGUGGGAAUCAAGAAAAAGCCAAAGAAUUUUUAUAUCAAGCUGCUCAGAGAAACCCAUCCGACAAAAAUACUUGGCUUACUCUAGUGGACUGGGCUGAAGAAGCUGAGGAUUUCCCUCUUGCUAUACACUAUGCACGACAGGGACUUUUAAAAUAUUUUUUAUUGCAGAGAGGAAGUACAUCUUUGGGUUUUCUUAUUAUUUCACCACUUCAGCCCUUCGAAGAAAUCGAGCUGAUACAUCAUUACGCCAACGUCUUAUAGACUUAUGUCAUGUAGCUGGUCGAAGCAGAGAGGCAUUACAGUUACGUUUGGCCGCUCUUUCAGUUACUCCGGAGUCGACGGGUGAGAAACAAUUUGAAGUUGCUCGAGAGCUAGCCGAUCAAUUUUUCAAACUACUUGAUCCACACAACUCGGUAAAGGCGUAUGAAAAUGCUUUUGAACAAUACCCAGAUCAUGGAACGGAUAAUGGUACGUAUCAAAUUUUAAUUCUCUGUAUCCGGUCCUUAUUUAAAAACCAUUUUGUCUCACUAAUCACGCACUAACAUACGCCUGUUAACCCUAGUGGUACAUAGGUCGCCGACUAACUCUGUCCUGGGCUCUCCUUCCCAUUUGUUUCCAACUGCUAUUCAUUCUUUUGAUGUCUACAUUAAAUUCCAUCUUUUUCUUUUGUCUUCAGGAUUCUAAGUUAGGGCUAGCCUCGUGAUGCAGUUUGAUGAAUUCCUCAUUGUAUGUCAUACCCACCUCCAUCGUCUUUUCUUAAUUCUCUCUUCACCUAGGAGUUAGUUUGUUCUCUACCACAUUAGGUUUUUGCUGAUCGUAUCUGUCCAGUGGAUGUGGAGUAUCUUGCGUAGAAAACUGUUUAUAAAUACAUGUACUUUUUUGAGGAUGGUUGUAGUAGUUCUCCACGUUUAAGUUCAGUAGAAUAAAACUGUCUUUACGUUCUGACUUUGAUGUUAGUUGACAGUUGUUUCGAGUCCGAGAUGUUCUUCAAUUACAGGAGUGCUAUCUUUGCUUUGCUAAUUUGUGCCCUUCCAUAUGCAUCACGUCCUCCUUGUUAAUCUAUGAUGCUACCCAGGUACAUAUAAGUUUCCAUCAAGUGUGAUUGGGUUGAUGCUUAUUGUGCUAUAUUAAGGAAUCUUGCUUAAUUGCUUACGUAUGUUAGGACCUACUGCUGUAGAGGCUGCUGCUACGCUGACUGUCUUUACCUGUGUUUGUUGGUGUGUAUAGGAUAGAAAAGCUAGGUCAUCUACGAAGUCCAGAUCUGGUUGCAUCCAAGCUGUCUAUUUUAUCCCGUGCCUCCCCUCAGAUGUGGAGGUCUUCAUAAUGCAGUCAACCACAAGAAGAAAGAGAAAGGGGCAGAGUAAGCAGCCUUGUCUGACUGCAGUCCUCACUUAGAAUGCAUCUGUCAGUUGUCCUCCAUGCACGACUUUGUAGUGUAGCCCGUCGUACGAAUUCCCGAUGAUGUUGACGAUUUUUUCAGGUACUCCAUAGUGUCGAAGAAUUUUCCAUAAUGUUGUCCUAUCCACACUGUCGAAUGCUUUCUCAUAAUCAAGGAAGUUGGUGUAUAGUGACGAGUUCCAUUCAGUUGAUUAUUCAGCAGUGGUCCGUGAUGUCGUGAUUUGGUCUGUACACAACCGAUCCUUAUGGAAUACGGUCCGUUGGUCUCUGGAAGUUGGGCGUCUACUGAAUCCUUCAUCUAGUUCAGCGACACUGUUGAAAAUUAUUCCUGGUACCGAUAGAGGUGUGAUGCUUCUGUAGUUUUCACAUUUACUCAAAUCUCCUUUCUUUCCAGUCUGUUGGCACUUGUUCUUCCUCCCAAAUCUAUCUGAACAAGGAGUUACCUCUAUGUCUAACUUCAGUGCUUCAGCUGGUAAGUUGUCAGGUCCUGUUGCUUUCCCACUCUUGAUUUAUCUGGUGGCCAUCCUGAUUUCUUCGACCGUUGGUGGAGUGAUAUCUAUUGGAAGGUCUGUGUGCUGCUUCGAUACCUGGUGGAUUCAAUGGAGUUGGUCUGCUCAAGAGCUCCUCGAAGUAUUCCACUCAUCUGUUCCUCUAUUCUUGAAUCCCAGUGAUUGGCUUGACUUCUUUGUCCUUGACCGGCCUCUCUGGUUUAGUAUAUUUCCCCUGACAGUUUCCCCGUAGUUCUUCAAUAAUAAACACAAUUAUCUUUAAUUGUGAAUAGAGCCUUUAAGUUGGUUUUGGGAUUCACUAUGAUUUAUUUUUAAAUCCCAGGACCGAUAAUUACUUGACGCAGAAAUUAAAAGCAGUCAGGUUUUUUUCUAGUUCAUGUCUUCUCUUUUAACCGCAUUUACCGUAAUAAACUUCUGUUUCGGUACUAUGGACUAUUAAACUAUUCCAAGUGUCUUAGUGAGAAUUAAUUUUCUUAAUUAAAGCAAUGAUCCGUUUAGUUUCGACUUUUAUGGAAUCGCGCUUCUGCUUGAAGUUCAACGUCAUAUAAAUUUUCUAGAAGUCAUUACAGUUUAUCAUAAUUUACUAACUUACGUUGUCUUAAAUUCCUAUGCUAUUGUUUGAGCAAUCAUGUUUCUAGUUUUUGCAGCUAAGCGUGUUUUUUUUCCCAUAACUGAUAUCGACUUCAAUAAAAUUCACUCUCUUUUUUACAUGAAGAUCGAAAUUCGGCUUUAUCGAUUUUGUUUCAAAUGAAACGUUAUGAUCAAGCUCUAAAGGUAAAUUUAGCAUUGUCUUGAUAAAUUAUAUAUAUUUAUGAUCGAGCCUUAUUCCUAUUUCUAACUUAUGAAUUUUACAUAGAGUCGAUAUGACUUUGAGAUAGAAUUUUGAUAUUUCGUAGUCAAUGGUAUUGUGUAUCUGGCCUUCCACAACGUAGAUUUACGUACUCACGUAAACUGAAGAAAAUCUAGCUUAUGUUGCUCAACCCUAUAAUCAAAGUUGUUAGCAUGAAACAGCACCACUGCCCUUUAAUAUGAAUUUAUUUAGCGUUGAACUUCACCUGAGAAAUUGGUUUGCUAAGAUGACAGAACAGAAUAAGUUAAAUAAUCAGGGUUCACAUUGACACUGAUCAAAUGUUCCAGUUAGUAAACAAGUAGCUUAUAUUAUCAUUGUAUAUCUUUUGGGAUUUUCGCUAAAUUUCUUGACGAAAGAAGUUGAAGGCAAAAACAAUUACGAGUUUUAUCAAGUAAAUAUUUUCUGGAGCGUCUCAUGAAUAUGCGGAACUGGUUAGUUGGUUCUAGAAAAUCGUUCAGUAAAUCAUGGGUAUACGUCCAUAUUAACGAAUAUGAUGGAAUUCUGUUAGGUUAUGUUAGAUUUCUAUAAUUUGUUUUGAUAUGAAUAUGCUACAAUUUUAGCACUACUUUGGUUUAAAAAGGCAUAUCAUAGUAAAGCGUAAAAUUCUUAUUUAGUGUCAGUCAACUCUACAAUUGUUUGGUUAGCUGAUCUUCUUUAACCUUUAAUGACCUAUUCAUUGAGUGUGACGGUUUUUUCUGUUCAUUACUUCAAUUUUGAUUAGUCUUGUAAUUUAUUUUUAUUGUCCCUAUGUUGUUUUGUAUACUCAAAAUAAUCUCGUGUUUGUAUUUAUCAACGUGGUCACUUACUAGCAAAUGUUCAUUUUUAGAUGAAACAGCUGUUUAUACACCUGAGAUGCCGCAACAAGCUACUGUUUGACAAACUUCCAAUCAAAGGAGAUGAUGUUAGUGUUCAGAAUUAACGUUGACUUAGGCUCAGAAUUACACUGACCUGUUCAUUUGCUAACGUAGUUAUCACAUACUUAACAAAAUGGCUAGUCAGAUAAACUAACAUAGACCUUCGCUAAUUACAACCAGUUAUAUCUACCUUUCCACCUGUACCUGCAUCAGCACGUAGAUAGGGUAUUAUCUAGAAUGGAAUAUCCCAAAGAAUUUAACCUUUAAUGGCUCCAAACUACCUAGUAGUACCAUAGUAAGAUAUAUUUUAAACACUGAUUACUCAGUAAACCCUUAUACUACUGUCUUCUAAGUGAUAAACAAGCAAAAUAAUGGUAGACUAUCACUCUACUAAAGAACAACCACCAUUUGACGUCUCUACUCCAAUUUGUGUUUGAAAAAGUCUGUGGUUCACCUGACAUUCAUGGUGACCAUUUGAAUGAUAUCCUACCUUGUAUUCAGUAGUUCUCGUCUUCAAAAUAUAUAAAAUUCAAUUUUUUUAGCCUGAUCUUUAUUCCUAAUUUACUACCAUUACAACUAGUCUUAUUAUUUCAACACUAUUCAGUAGAAUGUUUGACUUCUUUUCUAUUUAAUCUGUUCUCUCUGUUAUAACUUGUGCCCUAUCAAUAUAUAAGGUAACGAUACCGCCAGUUAGACAGCAAUGAAUCAUCGAUCGGACCAGUGACGCAUAAAACACGUACGAGCAGUCUAGAGUGCCUAUUGGCCCUGCUUCGUGCCUAGCUCAGCCAGUUAAGUUCAGAACACCAAUCUCAGCCUCUGCGAUAUAAAUCACGUAUUUCGAAUAUACUGGGUUUAUAUACAAACCAAACAGACCACAUCACUUCAUAAAAUAGAAAGUAACAUUUAUGCAAGAUAUAGCCAAAAGUGGCUGUGAAUGUGGUAGGCAGUAAUUAAUAGACUGGACAGAACUCAGGAACGGUAAAUCGUAUAACAAUAUUCUAUGCGUCAAAAUAAAGCUUUUAAUAAGAGGAACAUGAAUAUGCAUAGUUUAUCUACUUAAUAAUCAUACCAUAAAAGUAUAUGUAUCGUAUUGGUUCACAAAUAAUUCUCAAAAGUUACUAUUCAUAAUUCCCGCCGGAAUAUAACACUCUCCUAUUCUCUGCAGCUAUUGUUGUCAUUAUUAGUGUUAUUAUCAUCGCUACGGUGAUUGCUUUAAAAUUAUUUCUUAUUAAUUACUGUCAUUUUUAUCAUUCUGUCUAUCGUAAUCAUAACAGUUUACAUAUAUUUCUUAUACUCCAUUACAUUAUAUCCUCUCCGUCCCUUAAUCCAUUUCAUUCAUCCUACGUUGCUGGCUGUUGUUACUUUACAAAAGUUUACCAAGAGAACUAAUUGCAUAAUAUUGUAAUGUGUUUUGUGAACUCGCAUAGAUAAACAAAAAUCUUUUUUAUCUUAUUAACUUAGUUGUUUUUUCUGUAAUCAGUUACAUUGUGUUACCAUAUCUGUAAAUACUUUAAUAAACUUUUGAGUUCUUAAACGAUAAAUUGGAAAAUAUUUUUCAUUGUUGAAAAUUAUAGUUUUUCACUUCCUUCUGUGGUGUCAAACUGUAUUUGAAUUCUGGGGAUUUAUUUGAUAUGGACAGACAUUCAUCGAAGUUGUCGUCUGUGGAGAAAUUUAAAAGGUAAAUUGACUCAUCACUGGUUAUUUCUUAUCGUAUAUAAUUUAUCUGUUUAUUUGUUUUAUCUAGAUGUGAAUUCCCUGAUAAUAUGCCUGUUGAAUUACAGUUGAAAUUGUUUCUUAUUUUUGCACAUCUGGGACUUGGCCCAUUAGUUGUGUCCCGUGUUGAAUCAACGUACACAAAUGAAAAUAUUGUAAAAUAUUCUAAUUGGCUUUUGGAUAUCGUUGUCGCUUACAAAGAGAAAAAUUUAUACUCCAUAUCGAUUCAGCUUAUUCUGAAACUCAAAAAAUCAAAUGUUACCUGUAAGUUGGUACAAGUUUGGACAUUACUGGCUGAAUGUUAUUUAGAAGCAGGUGAAACAGAAAGUGCCAUCAAAGCCUAUCGCCAUGUCAUAGAAAAUCUUGAUCCUCGGCAUACCGGCGCACGUCUGGGUCUUGUAAAUCUUCUUAGACGCCUUGGUAGGAAUCAGGAGGCUUUAAAAUUCUUAAAUCCCUCAAAUUUAGUUCAGAAAGGUGUUAAACCCGAAAUAUCUUUGACCGAACAGUGUGAUUUAAUUGUACAGAAAAGAGAAAAAUCUCCAUUGAAAUCCAGUCACAGAUCAACUGUUAGAUCAUUUGCUUCUUCUGACUUACGAAAAACUUCAGUUGUUGGUGACAUCGAUAGUGAUGAAUGUUCUGUUGAGAAAGUUUGUCUAGAUAGCGACUGGCUCGAUGCAUCUGCUAACCUUGUCUCCCGUGAUCAUGUGGCAUACAGAUUAGCCUACGAACGUUGUCGAAUGCUUGAUACACCAGAAAGUGUAGAUUCAUUUUUAGAAGAAGCUUGGGCUUUGCUGUUUAGUGAUGUGACACGUGUUUGCGGACCUAGAUUUACUCAACUUGCCUUAACUCUUGAUAGUGAACAGCAUCGAAAAUUAGUGAUUGACCGACUAGCUUCUGUUGCUCCAGCAUUGACUGAUACAUUAUCUAACCAGAUAGACGCUGAACGCUCAACUACAGAAACAAAUGGUGUAAGCAGCUCAGAUAUUUGGGGAUUAUUUUUGCGUGUUGUGGAUGUGUUACGUGCUCGUUUGCCAAAAUCAUUGCCCCAAUUGGAAACAGCUACUGCAUGGGCUUCUUUAUUACCUCAUGUUCAAGGCAAUGAUCUACGUCGGUUAGCUGCAAGUCAUCUUUUAAUUAGUUCUUCACUUAUUGCACGUCAUGGCACGCCAGCAUUUUUGGAACUACGAAAAAUUCAAAAGCAGGUCAGUUAUAAUAUAUAUGUAAUCGUCUAAAACGUAUGUUUUUGCAGUAUUUCCCUGUUUAGAACAUAUUCAUUAGCGAUGGUAGGAAGUAUUCCCAGUGAGGAUAAUCUUCAUCAAAUAUAAGGAAUGUACAGUUUAGGAAAUCAAUAAUCAAACUAUCUGAAAUAAUGUAAAUUAAUACUUCGGAAAAUCAUAACCAGCGAUCUAAACGUUACUGACCUGUUGCUCUACCGUUUGAUCUACCAGACUAAAUCGCUAAUCAUUUCCAAGCUGUUGUUAUUAGCAACAGCCAUUAAGUACAACAUUUUAUAGUUAAAAUUACAUCUAAAUGUCAUUAGAGACCAGCUGAUAAUCUUUAUGCUCUCGUUUCUAACGCUUCUACAAUUCAGGCUUUUCGAAAUUCAGUCAUCAUCUUUAAGAGGGUAAUGUGUUAUAAUUUCAAUGCCGUAUGGAAAAGCAGUUAUUUUUUAAGCCUUGUCAGCUAUUAUUUAUUUGUUUAAACACAUAAACAUUGGAACAAGUGGGAACCAAAAUAUAUGUGCGCCCCACAAUAAAGAUGAGGUUGCAAAGAGAUGGAGAAAGGAAGGUGAAUAUAAUAAAAAAGAACAAAAAUGAGUAGAAACUACUGUAUGGUGAUGAAGUAAUAAUAAUGAUAUUAAUGGUUGAAGUAGUUCAGUCAGGAAAGAUACAACCAAAAAGGAUUCUUUCAGUUAGAAAGAUUACUUUCACUUCCAUAAAGAAAGUAGAAAAAGUUACACUAGGAUCGCCACUGGCUUGUAUCCUGAGCCGUUUCUGUUAGUGUCUCUGGCCAUUGUAUUGCACCAUCUAUAGGACCCCAAACACAGAAAGUCGUCUAAUAUUCUCAGCUCGGAGAGGCCAAGUUUUACAAGCAUAGAACAAAAUUGCUCUCACUGACCUUUUACAUCCGGACUAGCAUCACUAAUGCGCCAAAGAUGGCCCAGAUUGGCAUAAGCCUUUUUGGCUUUCACUAUACGCCCGCACCAGCACUUAGUCAUUUAUUCAGAUGCACGAACUUCUCAACUGUCUUUGUCUGCUUGCUAUCCAGGGCGCCUUCAGGAUCAGGAUCUUAACAGUCUUGUAGAAGUACUUUUCACUUGGAAGGUGCGAAGAACAUACCAUACCUACUGGCAAUGAUUGACAACUGACUAUGUACGGAUUGGUUUGGGGAUCACCACACAGUAAGACAAUAUCAUCCUCAUACUCAGGGUCGAAAAUUGUGUCUCCAUGCAACAGAUCCACACCACCAUUACCUACAUCCAUCAGAGCUGUUUCCAGAAUGUCAUCAGUGGCGAAGUUGACGAGGGAUGGUAAGAUUGAGCAACCCUGUAUAACCCCAUUGCUUGAACGAAACGAUAAAGACAGGUGUUUGUGUAUAGAACUUUCAAGAAUUUAAUAAACUUCUCAGACAAACCCUUCUCCCAUAGACUCCCAGAGAACAGUCCUAUCCAACGAAUCGAAGUAGAAUAUAAAUUAAAUGUGUAUGGUGAAAAGCUGUAAUCAUUCUGUUGAUUUGAAAACUUUACAUAUUAAAAGGGAUUUGAACUGUAGUUAACUGUAAUAAAUGACUCUUUUUUUCUGGCGAACUUUUAUUGGUUAUAAUAAUCAAUGAUAACACAGAAUGAAGCAAACCACUAUCAAAAUAUCAACAUUUUAGCUGGUAUCAGCAGAUCUGGGAUGCAGGUAUAUCCAGGUGUCGAGUCCCGGUUAGGACUAAGAUAUGUCCUGGGCUUCAUUGCUACCCAUCAUCCAUCUCUGCUUAAAAUAACUUGAUACAUGUAUUUUUCAAACUGAUAAUCAACCAAACGUAGUUCAUUCACUCACAUGAAUGUUUUAUUCACAGUAUUUUGCUGUGUAACUGUUAUAACUUGUGGCCUGAGUGCCUUGCUAAUGUAUAACGUAACGAUAUCGCCAAUUAGACAGCAAUGAAUUAUCGGUCGCACCAGUGACGCAUGAAACACGUACGAGUAGUCUAGAGUGCCUAUUGGCCCUACUUCAUGCCUAGCCCAGCCAGUUAAGUUCAGAACACCAAUCUCAGCCUCUGCAAUAUGAAUCAUCUAUUUCAAGCAUACUGGGUUUACAUACCAACCAGACAGACCACAUCGUACCAUAAAAUAGGAAGCAACAUUUGUACAAGAUUUGGCUAAAUGUGGCUGUGAACGUGGGAUGUAGUGAUUAAUAGACAGGGUAUAAUUGAAGAACGGUAAAUCGUAUAACAAUAGUUCAUAGGUCAAAAUAUAGCUCAUAAUACGAAGGACAUGAAUAUAUAUAGUUUAGUUAUUCAACAAUUAUACGAUAAAAAUGUACAUAAAUGGAUCACAAAAGUUAUCAUUCAUUAUGUUUAUCGGGACAUAACAGUAACAGAAGUAUACUUAUUUCCUUUUAACUAUUCUACAAAGACUCCCAACAUUUUAGGCUUACAGUAUACUAGGUUUGAAGCUAUUACGAGUUCACUUAGUAUGCAAACGAAACAAAGACUUGUGACCGUAGACCAAUAAGCUAACUAUUUGAUGCGUCUCAGCCCCACUAAAUAGAGGAAGAAGUCCAAACUUGGAACGGGAAAGUAUAUUCCGUAAGCCAGAAGCAUGAGUGAAUAGUAACAGCGUAGCAAAAGUAGCAUACUAAAAAUACACAACAGACCAAUAGCGUUAAAUAUUCUCUCAAGUGGGAAUUACGACAUGAAGGUAAAAAGAGCGCUUUUGACGCGAAAACAAGGAAAUUUAAAUUUCCAAAAUAAAAUUACAAAAUUAAAGCAUUUACAAAUGAGUUCUGGGGAUCUAACGUCCCCAAAACAGCACUAUUGAUAUGUAAUGAAGGCUAUAAUUUACGACUUUUCUAUUACUAGGGAUAGAUAACUAUUUAACGCACACAUGUUGAAAUAAUUAUGAUUCAGUAACUUAUUAUGAUUAUAAUUUUGGCGAACUUCAUUUGUUUGCAUGUUUGUAUUUAUUUAUUUUAUCGUCAAACUUUAAAUGAAUUCUGAAACCAGUGAUAUUUUUUCACGAGAUUUACAUAAAUUUAAUUCUUUUCCAGUGGAGUGAAUAUAACCAGUAUUGGAAUGUGAUGAAUCUGGCAAUCACUCUUUCACGUGAUUUUAAACAUUGUAGAUUUUUGGAUCGUUUAGUUACUAAAGUAGGUUUUUUGUAAAUGAAUCUAGUGUUCAACUGACUUGUUACGCAUUAACCAUACUGGACCCGCACAAUAAAUGAUAUCUUGAUUGCUUAUCAUUUUAUCGAAAUGCAAUUAACGGAAUAAUUUAUUAUAUAUAUUUUAUUAGAAAUACAAACAAAUCUUAGUGUUAUGUCUCAAUAUUAAUUAUAUGAAAUUGUAGACUGGAAAGUUCAUUAUCAAAAUUUACUGACGGUUUCACAGUUUCGUUAUAUUUUAGAUCAGCGUUGGUUUGUAUCUCUAAGGCUCACAAGCGUAUUCACAUUAAAGUAGGCUUAUCUCACAGGACUUACUACUAAAUGUCGACAAGAUUUCAACGUUAUUUUCUUUGCAUUUUAAUGUUCUUUUAUCUAUUUUAUGACUGUAUCCCAACACUUUGGUUCGUAUAAUUUGAUCAAAAGUAAGUACUAGAUGAUUACACCAUAAACUGAAUAAUAUACAUGUGUGAGACAAGGUACACUAAUACCACUAAUAUUACUCUCGUUAUCGUUUUGAUUUAGGUAAGCGAUUACCGUUGAGCCUAUCAUAAAUGGCGUACCAAUUCUCUUGAGUGCGGUUUGAAUUUUUUCCGUCAUACAUAUUUAUUGUUCUAUGCUUUUCAGGAUAGUUUGAAUUUGGCUAUCGGUACUAUUGCUAGUAGUGACACUUUGGUUCGAGGUUCAUAUCGUUAUGCUAUUGCCCGACUAAUCAAUAUGAGAGAAAAAUUUCCGGACGAUGCACUUCUUACUUUAUUACUCGCUGUUGGCUUUCUAAGUAUGUCCAUGCAAAAACACAUUGGUUCACGUCAUCUUGCUGUUUUACAGGCUGUUGGCUUUCUUGGGGAAUAUAAACGUUUACGUGGUGAUUGUCAGGAGGUUUACUACAAUAUAGCACGUGCUUGUCAUCAACUUU